AGCUCAGCCGGGCGGGUUGCACGGGCGGGAUGCAGCGGUCCGGGCCGCUCAGUACGCUCUACGGGCGGGUCUUAGCCCCCUUGCCCGGGCGGGCCGGGGGAGGGGGAGGAGCUGGAGGGGGCGGGGGCAGCUGGGGGGGGAGGGAGAAGCACGUGCAGCCGCCCCAGCGCCUGCAGCCUGCACAUUGCAGCAGCUGCAGCUCCAAGUGCAGCUCCAAGUGCAGCUCCACCUGCAGCUCCUCCAGCCCCAACGUCCCCCUUUCCUCCCCCACCAUCAUGUCCAAGACCGAAGAAGCCAAGAGGCUGGCCGGCUGGGCGGCCGUGGAGAACCACGUGCAGAAUAAUCAAGUGCUGGGCAUCGGAAGUGGCUCCACAAUUGUCCAUGCGGUACAGCGACUAGCUGAAAGAGUGAAACAAGAGAAUCUUAACAUCGUCUGUAUCCCUACCUCCUUCCAGGCUCGCCAGUUGAUCCUGCAGAAUGGUUUAACCCUGAGUGACCUGGAUCGGCACCCUGAACUCGAUCUCGCCAUUGACGGUGCUGACGAAGUUGACUCUGACCUCAAUCUCAUCAAGGGUGGAGGAGGCUGUUUGACCCAAGAGAAGAUUGUAGCCGGCUAUGCCAAGCGUUUUAUUGUUAUUGCUGAUUACAGGAAAGAUUCGAAGAACCUCGGAGACCAGUGGGGGAAGGGAAUCCCCAUCGAGGUCAUCCCGAUGGCCUAUGUGCCCGUGACCAGAGCGCUGGCCCGGAAGUUCGGGGGAGUAGCUGAGCUGCGAAUGGCCGUCAGCAAGGCGGGCCCCGUGGUGACCGACAAUGGGAACUUUCUCCUGGACUGGAAGUUUGACAGGGUGCACAAGUGGAGUGAAGUGAACACCGCGAUCAAAAUGAUACCAGGAGUGGUGGACACGGGCCUGUUCAUCGACAUGGCCGAGAGAGUCUACUUCGGGAUGGAAGAUGGCUCUGUGAGCAUGCGCGAGAGAACGAGCCCCUGAUGCUGGCGGGACCUCGGGCCCAACUUGGCCUUCAGACCCUCGCCGUGGAGGAGCCAUUUGAAGAAGCCGUUGCCUUAACGUGUUUGUGACUAGGUGACCAGUCAGCCCCUGGGAAGUUAAAUUUUUGGGGGUCUUGGAAUGAUGUCAAAUAUCGUUUUUUUUAAAAGAAAAUUAUACAAGUGUAUAUUUAUAUAUUUUUUCUAUCAAGAAUGCUGUCUUUUUCUUUUUUUUUUUUUUUUUAAAGAUAUCCAUUAGGUAGAGCUUGAUUUCAUGUUUUAUAUGAAACAUUACCAAAAAAACCACUUUUUAAAAACAUGACUUGAAUCUCCUGGUGGCUUUUUAGACUUGAUGGAGAGUUUGUCUUUUUGGCAGGGGGCAUAAAAAUCCAACCCCCAUCUCACAGUCUAAGUACACCGAGGGCACAACCAGGAUUAUAACCUGAUGCCUUAUUGGGACCUUUUAGGUUCUUUUACUCUUUUCACCUUUCCUCUCUCUGUGCUUUCGGUUUUUACAUUUUAUCAUGUUUUAAUGGAGCACAAUAUCUAGAGCUUCAAAAGUUCUUGGAGCAAAGUGACGUAACCCGCAGUUGCUUCGAAACAGCAACAACUGGGAGAUGAGACCAUGAGUCUGAGAUGAUCAAGUCAAAGACCGUUGCCGUCUUCCUGCCUAGAAUGACUGCAGAGUAGCAGAGCACAGCUGAGAGACUUUUAAAACCUUCUUUUCCUUUUAAGCAAUGUCAUUGUUUUGCCACACAACUUUCUCGGGCUUGCACAGUCUCCAACCCCGGGAAUCAAGUCAUCUAUUUGUAUUCUGAAUGUUGGAAUAAAGCAACUUGGUGCCA